UUAAAUCAGUCGAGUAUUUUUUUGUACUGCUGACAGCCAUGAAGCUCUUGCUGACUUUUCUCGUGAUCUUUGGUCUCGUUGCCUACAUCGGAGCUGCUCCAGUUGAAGACGAACCUGAAGCUCCCGAGCUAUCUGAAGCCGAUGCCCCAGAAAAAGAUGAUUCCACAGAAAAACAAGAUGCUCCAAAUCCACAAGAAACUGUUGCAAAACGUGUUGCUUUGAGAAAGGACAUCUUGAGUGCUUUCAGUUGUCGAUACUUGAAAAUCAAGGGUUUCUUGACCAAAGACAUAAAGUUGAAAAACCUUUGCCUCACGACUUUCCAUUGCAAUGACGUUCUUUCAAAACAAUGCUGCAAAAUCGUCAAGGGRAGAAACGAUUGUGGAAAAGACAACAAACUUAGUCUGACKUACUGUCGUUUUACUUGCAACAAAUGUGGAGCCGGAG